UGUUCUUCUAUCUUCUCUUCUUCUUUCAAUUAGAAUUACAAGAUAUGAGUUGUUUACAUCAAGAUUGGCCUGAACCAAUUGUCCGAGUUCAAUCGUUAGCGGAAUCCGGCGGUUCCGUAAUCCCAGAAAGGUAUAUCAAGCCACCAUCACAGAGACCUUCAAUAGCUCUUGAGUCCAACAAAGAAGAAGAAGCUGAUGAUCAUGUUGAAGCCAAUAUACCAAUAAUUGAUCUUGGAGAUUUAGUAAUUGGCGACAACAUCGAUCUUAACUCAAAAAUCUUAUUGAAUAAGAUUUCAGAAUCUUGCAGAGAUUGGGGUUUCUUUCAAAUAGUGAAUCAUGGAGUUAGUCUUGAACUUAUGCGUCGAGCACUUCAAGUUUGGAGACAAUUUUUUCAUCUUCCUUUAGAAGAUAAACAAGUUUAUGCAAAUUCACCAAAAACUUAUGAAGGUUAUGGAAGCAGAUUAGGAAUUGAGAAAGGAGCCAUUCUUGAUUGGAGUGAUUAUUUCUUUCUUCAUUACUUGCCUAACUCCAUUAAAGACAUUAACAAGUGGCCUUCCCUCCCACAACCAAUCAGAGAUACAAUUGAGGAGUAUUGUGGACAAUUGGUGAAGCUUUGUGGAACUUUGAUGAAGGUUUUCUCAAUUAAUUUAGGAUUGGAAGAAGAACAUUUGCAGAGGGCUUUUGGAGGUGAAGAUAUUGGGGCUUGUAUGAGGGUGAAUUUUUAUCCAAAGUGUCCACAACCAGACCUUACACUUGGGCUUUCCCCUCACUCUGAUCCUGGUGGUAUGACCAUUCUCCUUCCCGAUGAUCACGUCGCCGGACUUCAAGUCCGGCGAGAGGAUUCGUGGGUCACCGUUAAAUUGGCUCCAGGCGCGUUCAUCGUCAACAUCGGUGAUCAGAUUCAGGUGUUGAGCAAUGCAAACUACAAGAGUGUGGAGCAUCGGGUGAUAGUAAAUUCAGCUAAAGAACGUGUAUCACUAGCUUUCUUCUACAACCCAAAGAGUGAUUUACCUUUAGGACCAGUGAAGGAGCUUGUGACACCUGAUUGCCCAGCUUUGUAUACUCCGAUGACAUUCAAUGAGUACAGAUUAUACAUCAGGAUGAAGGGUCCACAAGGAAAAUCACAAGUGGAGUCACUAAAAUCCCCUCGCUCAUCCUGACAGAGGCAUCCAUCCAUAUAUACUCAAAAACUUAUAUUAGAGUGUAAAAUCACAUUUGAAGAA